CAGUCAACAAUGUUUCAGCUUCGAGAGUGGUUUAUCUGCGCUGUGAUCCUCAGCCUUCUCUCAUUCCCAGUCAGAUCCUGGGACUAUUGCCAGGAGCACUGGUGUCCCCGCUUCAAGGAUCACGUAGCCUGUAACAACAAUGGAAGCUUUGGACCCCAGUGCGGUAGUGAGGCGAAGCUAGUACCCCUGAGUGGUCCGCUGAGCAGGUUCAUCGUCGACCAGGUGAACUUCUACCGCAACCAAGUGGCCUCGGGCGACUUCUCCGGGUUCGGGGCCGCCCACCGCAUGGCCAGUGUCCGCUGGGACCCGGAGCUGGCCCAGCUGGCGGAGCUGGCGGCCAGGAGGUGCACCCUGUCCGCCGACGAGUGCCGCAACACCAGGCGCUUCAAGCACGUGGGCCAGCUGACGGGACACGUGAUCUUCAGUGCCGGACGGCACAGCGACACGGAGCUGCUGGGCCACAAGAUCGCCAACUGGUUUGCCCAGUACAAAAGGGCCACCAGGGAGCUGGGAGCCGCUGAUCAGGCCAGCGACAUCACCAGCUUCCGCCAGCUGAUGCAGGAGCGGGCCACCCACAUGGGAUGCGGAGUGCUCCGCCAGCGGGCAGAGGACCGCUGGCACCAGCAGUUCAUCGUCUGCAACUUCGCCCGCGAGGACGUGGCCCAUGAACCCGCCUACGAGGUGGGACUCCUGGCGGCCACCGGCUGUCAGGCGGGUCGCAAUCUCCGCUACCCGAACCUCUGUGCCCUCCAGGAGCCUUACGACGUCAACGCCGUCGACCGCUUCCACCAGAAGCCUCCCUUGCGGAUCAAGAUCAGGUACAGCGGAGCCAGCACUUCGAAGGGUUUCGCCGCUACUCCUGGCUUGGCUUUUCAUCCCAAUAUCAAACUGGGAGCUCUUUAAGUUUAUGGAAAUAUGGUUUGUACAAAAGUUAAUUUUCCCAUAUUUUGACAUUCAAUAAAAUUUAAGCAAUUGCUUAA